AUGGCGACGCAACGACAGUACAAACUCGUGACUGUCAACAAUGCACCCGACCGCGCUCGGAAAAUCGUAGGCAGAGUCAUCGACGACGUGAAAGGUACUUAUAACAUCGUUCACGCAGCGAAUGCUGAAAGCCCGGAGGCCGCCAAAGCCGUAUUCGAGGAUGUUAUGCCGGAUGUUGUGGUCUGUAGGCAACACAACGACGUUUUCAUCCCGAUCAAUGCUGAUCUGAAUAGUUCACUGCCUCGAUGUGGUCGCCCGAGCAGAGCUCAAAGGUGCUUGCGCAAGCCAGAGAGGUGA